AUGGCAGCUUCGGCUUCCUUCUCCCCUCACCUGAGGUCGCGGCCGCCUCGCGAGGCUUCCGCCCAUCCCCUCGCGCCGGCACAGCUGGGCUCCGAAUGGACAUCGAACGAAGCUACCUGUGACCCGGCUGCGGACUCCGGAGACUCAGCCCGGCGGCGACGGCGAGAAGGUGAGCACCACAGAGCUCUGCAACGCCUAGAAGGGAGCCUGACCACAGAGAAGAGGCAGACUAGAUCGUCGCCCCAGCAACAGCGGUGCCGGAAACGGAACUGGGAGCCCGAGCCCGGCCGCUAAAGUCGUCCGGGUGCCGCGCAUGCUGGUCGGCCUCGUACCCCGCAAGGUCACCCACGUGCGGGAUGCUGCGUUCGGCGGUGGCGGCCUUGGCCCCGUCGGGCCUGCCGGGGCGCCCGUUGCUGCUGACGGCUCUGAGCCUGUCGCCUGGGAAGCGGCUCUCUUCACGAGGCCCGGCGGGUCAGAGCGAGCAGCGCCGCGGCCCGGCAAAGCCCCGCUUCCCUCCUCUGCGGAUCCCCGAGGAGGCCGAAACGACCCGCUUGGUCGCGGAGAAGGCGCGGGCUCCGCCGCCCCUGCGAAGGUUCAUCGCCUGCCCCGACCUCGCGCGUGCCGUGGCCUCCAGUCUGCAAAGCGGGAGGCGCUCCGAGGGGCCGGAGACGGUGGUGCUGGAAUGCGAGCCAGGUGAGGGUUAAAGGCGCUUGGUCCCCUUUCCCUGUUACUUCGACUUCUGCAUCACUCGCUGCACCAGCGGUGCCCCAGGAUCUUAUUGCUAAGAGUUGGAAGGGACCUCAAGGGCCACCUAGGCUAGUCUUGUAAUGCAGGAAUCCUGCCCGACACCAUCCCUGGUUGGGCUCGAACCACCAACCUUCUGGUUAACAGCCAGAUGCACGGACCGAUUGCGCCACCUGCAAAUAAUUCUUUUAGAAUAAAGAAACAGGGUGUUUUCAAAGUAGGAACCUAGGAGAAAAGUAUUAUACCGAGUCAACAACACUAGUUGGCAGUGGUUGCCUGCAGUUUCAGACCAGGGUCUCUCCCAGUUCUACUUGGAGAUGCCUGGAAAUGAACAUGGCAUCUUCUGCAUGCAAAGCGUACAUUCUGCCUGUGUGUGACGGGCCAUGCCCAAUAUAUAGGCAGUGUUCCAGAGAGUUUGCCAACAGUAUCUCAAUUACUUUCGGAGCCUAGUGUUUAACCAAAUGUUUAUGUGUCUUGUGAUUCCGUACCUUGAUUGUUAGGCUAUUGGAUUAGACAGUACUAAGGAAGCUCCCAUUAGCAUCUAAGGCCCAAUUGUUCCUUCCCCUUUUUCUCUUGUGAAACUCACCCCUGUUUGCUCUCCUGGCAAAUGGAACAGUAAAACUAAUGAACAAAAUCUUCCACAGAUCCUACAUACAGUGUUAAGCUUACAAGGUGAACUUCAAAACUCUGUUUAAUGCAGUGUAAGGCAUUUCUUGAAAUCUCAGAUGCCAAUUAAUUAGGCUUCUCUAAUUGAAUUAACUAAGAUCUGUGAAAGAGAGCUUUCAAAAUCAUGAUUGAAUGAAUGCAUAUUGCAACAUAUGGGACUUCUUAGUUUUGAAAAAAAGGCAAGUAUGGUGAGACAUAGUAAAAGCAAAUAAAAUUAUGCAUGAUAUGGAGAAAGUGAGUACAGAGACAUUUCCCCCACUCAUAAUACUAGAAGCUGGGAUCAUCUAACGUAGCUGAAUGUUGUAAGAUUCCAAGCAGACAUCUACUUCUUAACACUGUGCAUAGUUUAAAUAUGGAAUCUGCUAGCCCAAGAUGUAGUAAUGGCCACUACCUUUGACAACCUUAUAAGGGGGUUAGAAAGUUUCAUGCAAAAUGAAUCUUAUCGGUAGCUACUAGUGAUGGCUGUUCACUGCCUUCAGAAUCUGAGGCAGUAUGCCACUGAAUGCCAGCAUCUGGAGAGUACAAGGGAGAGUACUGUUGCGCUCAUGUCCUCCUUUGUGGCUUCUGGUUGGACACUGUGAGAACAGGAUACUAGUCUAAGUGGGCCUUCGUCUGAUAUCACCUGAGGUAUUUCAUUUUUAAUAUAAAUGUCCCACAGUUUCUUUUAUAAAAUUUGUUGUUGGUGACUGCUGGCUGUCGAGAGAAAUAUGCUGGCAGAAACCCCAAAGUAUAUCAAGUUGGCCAUUGUGUUCCUCCAGUUGUCUUCAGCUGAAGGUUAUACUAUUGAAAAGUUGUCCUUUCAAUAGUUUUUUUUUAAAUUCACAUUUCCUUCAAUUUUUAUUUCUUCUUUAUGCUUGUAUAUAAUAUGUUGCCAACCUAGCAGUUCGAAAGCACGUCAAAGUGCAAGUAGAUAAAUAGGUACCGCUCUGGCGGGAAGGUAAACGGUGUUUCCGUGCGCUGCUCUGGUUCGCCAGAGCGGCUUAGUCAUGCUGGCCACAUGACCCGGAAGCUGUACGCUGGCUCCCUCGGCCAAUAAAGCGAGAUGAGCGCCGCAACCCCAGAGUCGGUCACGACUGGACCUAAAGGUCAGGGGUCCCUUUACUAUAAUAGGUUGCAAGGGAUAGAAUCCAGUGUAGUCCCUUGAGAAGUUUUGCAUGUUUACAUUCAUAUUUAUAUUUUUCUCUUCCUAACUUACAGGGCGUAUGGGUUCUUCUUGGUCAUUCUUUUAAACUAAAACUGUGUUUAAUGCUGUGUUUAACCCUGGAAUUUUUUUUUAGGUCCUGGAGUCUUAACCCGAACAUUACUCAAUGCUGGUGCCCAUGUGAUAGCUCUGGAGAGUAAUAAGUCAUUUGUUCCUGACUUAGAGGUAGGUUUGUACAUGGGGGACUGAAAUUUGUGGCUAAACAAAAAGAUAAGGAGAUGAUUGAUGGUUUAGCUUUAGAACCUGGACCUUUCACAAAAAUCUGUAAAAGGACAAAAAUGAGAGAUUUAAUUUAUCUCAAAGUAUAUUGUUUUCCUGACAGGUUAGUUGUUGAUUGUUCUUUUUCUUUUUUUUUCUUUUUUCUUUUCUUUUGGUUACAAAUAUGUCUCUAUUACUCAAUUUAUGGUAUUUUUUUAAAAAAACAAGAUUUUAUUUUAUUUUAUUUAAAAACAAGAUAAAGGCACAGGAUAAAUCCCAGCAUCUCCUGUUACAAGGUCUUGAGCAGCAGCUCUGGAAAAAUCACUGCAUGAGACGUUGGAGAGAGGCUGCUCUCUGAGUAGACAAUACAGUAUUUGGCUAGAUGGGUUAAUAGGUUGACUCAGUUAAAACAAAUUCAGAUGUUAAUUUCACCUUCUAAUGAUUUGUUUCUGUUUAGUCUCUGAAGGAAAAAGCAGAUGGCCAGCUAGAAGUGGUGCAUUGUGACUUUUUCAGAUUGGACCCUAUGGGUAUUGGAUCCUUGAAGCCACCUUUUAUGUAUUCUGAAAGACUUUUUGAGAACUUGGGCAUCUUAACAGUUCCUUGGACAGCAGGUACUUAAAAUUGGUGCAUAUCAACUGUAGAUAAUUAGCAGAUCAAUAUUUAAUUGUUUCUAUUUGGCUUUUUCCAUUUGGUGUGCUUGAGGCAGAUAUCUUCAGAUGAAACAACAGCAGUUAAAUACAUUGUAAAAUGGCACCUGUUAAACACGUUUUUCCAAAGCUUUUUAGAAAGAGGAAAGUUUUCAUGGCUUGCCUAAAGCCACUGCUUCCCAAGGGAGUGUUCCGUAACUGCUUUGGGAACUAUUAUGAUCCAAAGGUUGUGUAUAAAUAUAAAAAUGACUGUGGUGCCACCGUGGAGAGAGCCCUGUAUCUUGUGGGUAUCCAAUCUAAUAUUUGAAUGUCAAAGCCUCACUAGAGGAUUUAAGAGGUCUCAUAUAAAGGGUAGCAAUAUUCAAGGCAUUAAUGAAGUGGGAGUUAUUUUUGUAAUGAUUCUGCUAUUGUCUAUUUAUUUAUUUGGUGGUUAUUUUAUUUAGUAGCGGUGAACAUAUACAUUUUUUUCAUUCAUUUUGGUCAAUUUUCUGUACAGAUGUUCCUCUAAAAGUGAUUGGAAUUGUGCCACAAAGAAAGGAAAGGAACCUGAUUUGGAAGCUUCUCUAUGCCUUAUAUGAACGCAGUUCUAUAUAUAAAUACGGAAGAACAGAACUGAACCUCUUUGUCAGUGAAAAAGAAUACAAGGUAUUUAUGUUUAAGAUAGCUUGAUAAUACGCCAGCUGCUAUGUGGUUGUGUUAAAAUAAUCAAAUAUACUUUGUAAAAGUUAUUUUAAUGCAGCGUAUAGAUGUAUUAAUUAUUUUAAUUUUUAAGCAAAGAACUUUUCUGUACUUGUCAGUUCCAUGAACAAAAAAAAAAAGUUUUAAUAACUCUCGUAUUGGCAGCAAGUAGGGUAGUAAUUAUGUGUUGCACAGUCAAUGAAUAGAUAAGUGCAGAUUUUUAAAAUUUAUAAUGAAACAUAACCUUGGUUUUGAUGCAAGUAGGAAAAAUAUAGGUUGCAGUCCUAAAAGAUUUGGCUUCCUCUUUCAGUAGGCCAAAUAUCUGUGGACAAUUUCUCAACAGAGGUUCUGUGCCUGUUAGGAAAAUUUUAUCCCAGUUGGGGGGAAAUGUACUUGACAAAUAUUCAGAGGAACAAAGCCCUUGUAUUAAGUUAAGGUUCUCUGGACUAAUUUCACAGAAUAUAAUUAAGCUCUGGCAAGUAUUAGGAGAUGACAGUAAUGAUCAACAAGCACUCAGUGUAGUGGUGUGGGGUAAGGAACUGGAAAACCCAACUGUUGAUUACAAACAAGAAUUACUGAAAAACUUAAUCUAAUCAAGUCCUGCCUCUUCAAUAGGGUUAAUCCAGAAUGAUCCGUUUUAUAUGUAAAUGAUUUCAUCUGCAUAUAGUACUUUUUGGACUUAUGGUCACAUAUACCACCUUCCUGUUACUAAGAACUUUUUUAUUUUACUAUUUGCUUUUCACUACUGCCUAUCAGUUGCAAUAAGGCAUGGGAAGUGUUGUUUGCCAUAAAACUCUGGAAUAAUUUUUACUAAUCCAUGGCAUCUCUCAUCCGAAGGAAUGGUUUACUCAUCUGCUCAGCUAAUAUUACAUUAAGGUGGAGCUCUGCAAGAAAAUGUUGGUAUAGUCCUGGUGUGCAUGUAAAACUGGUGACUGGGGUUUGUGUGUGAAUUUUUUAAAAAUAAAAAAUGAGUGUUUGUGCUCUAACUUGGGUCUUACUUCAUGUGCAAAACUUACUGAGAUAGGUUGUGGUUUUGUUUUGUUUUGUUUUUUUUGAACAUUUGAAAGUUCAAAAUCAGUAAAACAUGGGGCUUCUGAAUGCAGUGGCGUGAUUUGGCUUGGGGAGAGGUCUGAGGGGGCAGUUUAAAUAAAUUGAACUUUGCUCCACCCCAAGAGGAAUCCAAAAGAGCCCCAGCCCUACCUCUGACUUGCAGUAUUAAUGGUGGACUACAUUACGGGGCUCCCCAUAGCUUUUCAUCCUGCAAGAAGGGUAUAGCAGUGAACUGUACCCCAGGGUUCUCUCCCAGCCCAGCUUGAGGCACAGAGGUACAGUGGUACCUCGGGUUACAUACGCUUCAGGUUACAUAUGCUUCAGGUUACUGACUCUGCUAACCCAGAAAUAGUACCUUGGGUUAAGAACUUUGCUUCAGGAUGAGAACAGAAAUCGUGCUCUGGCGGCGCAGCGGGAGGCCCCGUUAGCUAAAGUGGUACCUCAGGUUAAGAACAGUUUCAGGUUAAGAACUGACCUCCAGAACGAAUUAAAUACUUAAUCCGAGGUACCACUGUACAUUUUUUGUACUCUGUUUUAGCCAAACCUGCUACUUUUAUACAGUACUGCAGAGUUGUUAUAGACUACCCAGAACUGUAUUCGUUGUUGUCAUAUAAACCCCAGGAUUGUCUUAAACCAGUCUUCUCCUUAAUCCCUUCUAACGUGAAUGAACUGGUUUUGUUUUCAAUCAUCAACGUUUCAAAUAUGAACUGAAUUAGAAAGAGCAGGAACUCUAUUCUUUACCAUUACCUUGUGGGUAUCUUAUGUAAUGGAAUUGGGGUUGACAACUUGGUACACGAUCUGAGGUACAUUGAUACUGGAUUCUGCAUUGAUUUCUGUUCUUGAUGACAUUUUAAAAUACCUUCUAAGAACCAGAAAAUGAGUUAGUGGAUAUUGCUUUUUUUGUUGUAUAAGGACGGACAGUCCCCCUUGAAGGUCGGAAAUAGAAUAUUAGAUGAUAUAAUAAUUGUACUUUAUAUAUACAUUUUGGGUCUUCAGAACUAUAGCAACUGCUUUGGAAGAACGGGAACAGUAGUACAGAUACUGAGUUAGCACAGUUUCGUAUUUUGACUCAUGACUGAAAAUAGUACUGUAGUUCUGUUGUGGCAUAACAGUCCUUCUAAUACAGCCUUGGACAAGCGAGACUUGUACCUUGAUUCAACUUUCAGAUGCUACUUGGAACUUCUUGCUUUAAUCAAGUCUUUCUUCCAUUGUUCAUGAUAAAGUCAGAAAUUUUACAUAAAUAUAAAUGCUGUUUUUUUUCCUUGCCAGACUCUUGUUGCGAAGCCUGGGGAAACAAGAAUCUAUCAACCACUAAGUGUACUAUGGCAAACAGCCUGCGACAUUCAGCUUCUGCGUAUGGUGAGUGUUUAAUACAUGCGAUGAAUAGUAAUGCAAUAAUACUGCUCUUAGGGCUCUUAAUGGUAAGGUGAUAUUUCAGGAUUCACUUGGCUGGAAACUACUCCCACCCACCUGCUUGUAAGCAGGAAGCGCUUCCACCUGCCCACAGGUGAGGAUAUGCCUUCAAGGGAUGCCACUCAGAAGGGUCCCUUGAUCUUGUGGAUCAGCUUUUUGUUUUGCAGGCAUGCAACAGGACGCAAAUAUUUAAAUACCUUGUGUGUAAAAGGAAGAUUACCCAUGGCACUUUAGAUCCCAUUCUCCCAGAUCUUUGUCAUAAUUUCUCAAGCAGUUAUUUUGUCAUUUCCUUAGCACUUAUUGCUGUACAAAUGCUUACAUUCUUAAUCAGAAGCCAAAGAGCUGCAUGUGGUGCUCAUGUAUGAUCUGAACACCACAUGCUUCACUGAUGGGGAGCCUUGGGCUGCCCUGAAUAGGUACUGCUGAAAGUUGAGGGAACCUGGCCUGUGGACCACCAGUGCCCUGUGGCAAGUCCUUAUUGAAUAUUCAUACUAAGUUGCAUUACUGUUCCCUUCCUUCUAGGAGCCUUGGCCUUCAUUUCUGACGAAUUCAAAAAAUGGUGGACUUUCUAUACCAAAGAGUGUGGUAAGCUAAAUAUAAUUGAAUGCUUAAGGAAAUGCUGUGUGAAUGCAGACAUUCUCAAAUUCAUUGAACUAUUGUCCAGAUUGCUGUUUUAGUGAGAGAGACACAUGCUCAUUCAGCUGUGCACUUAGUAAUCGGCUGUCUGUCUCCAAAAUGCUUUUCGCGUAAGCCAAAUCUAUAUUGGUAGGGCUAGCGUCAGCAGCACUCAUUGAAAAUCCAGGUUGCAAAACAUCUUUGUUGCUAUACUUUUGCAAUAAUUGCCACGUCAUUGUCAUUGAAUGGGGCUGGGGGUUGUUAAUAUGGUAUCCAAACAAAAUUGGUGCACAUUAUGCAAAAUCCUGACUAGUGAACAAACUAGCAUUUAUUGGACCUCAGUGAAGGUUUGAUUUUGCUUGGUAGCAGCCCAGUGGAACAGUGAGUAAAGCUUACACACACACACACACACACACACACACACACGGAGAGAGAGAGAGAGAGAGAGAGAGAUAUGACAAACUUCCUACUAGAGAUGAAUGGUUACUCAAACUUACAGAAUAUGCGGAAUUAGCCUCUCUUUCUGAAAGAAUCGGAGACAAACCCAGACAGGAGUUCAUUCUAGAAUGGGAUAAUUUCAAGAACUACUUGAAAAAUAGUUGUAAUAUAAGCAUGGUAGUUGCCUUUGAAUGAUUUCUGUAAAUAAUAUAUAUAAAGGAAAAUGACAUCAAAAUAGAAAAGCGAAUUUUUAAAAAUAAUAAUGACAAAUUAAAGUAAUAUGUUUAUUACAAAGGGAAACGUGGAGAAAAUGGGAGGUCUUACGUUUGUGUAGAAAACACAUAGUUGAAAUUAUAUGUAAUUUUCUUUGUGAACAUAGAUAUCCUUAUUGGACUGACUGAAAUGAAGAUAACUACAUGUUGUAUAUAUACGGAAAAUGAGUAAUAAAGCAUUUAAAAAUCCAAAGAGAGAGAAAGAGCAAAUAAUACCGAUUGUAACUGUAAUAGUAGCUGGACGGCCAGCAACAAGAUCAGAGGGUCAGCAACAAGAUCAGAGGGUUGGGCAUUUCCAUCGGAUAAACAUUUCCAUCAAUUUCACUGUUUAUAUGGGCAGAUCCCCAUAAAACAUGGACUAAGAAUUACCAUAAUUCAUCGGGAGGGAAUGAGCAACUGAGACCCCUGUUGUAUGAGGCAUUCCCCACACACUAACCUAUGAUACACUUGCAGUGUUGGUUUGCCCUUUCUGGAAGACAUAUCAGGUGAAAGACACAUGAAUUAAAUUCUUAUAUUAAUAUGUUUUUAAUUUUUUGUGUUAUAUGCAGCUGCUGCAGAAUGACCACCUAUGCUUAAUACGGUUGACGCCGCGGAAGAAUUUGUUUACAGACAGCUUGACAACUAGUAAUUCAAGAAUAUUUGUUGUGAUGGUGAAGCAAUGCCUUGCUAAAAGCAAGACUAAACUAAUAGAUAAAUUAAAGUAAGUAAAAGUCUAUUUCUUUAGCUGACAUCCAGCGUGGAAAAGAAUUUAGUCGGAUAUGGCACUUGGCGUAAACCUGAACGAUAUUAUAUAGAAUUUGCUUAAGUUUCAAAAGGCUGCACAUCUUUAGAUGUGUGACUAACGUUUGGGAAGACUAGUUGGCUUUGUGGCUGGAUACCUGAGCACAGUGGCUGGCAGCCAAGUGGUUACUGAGCCAGUUUGACUUUUGAAUUUUUUAAAACAGCAGAGGCCCUCCAUCCCAUUGCCAUAUCAAAUACUAUGUUUAAAAGCUGCAUUUAUUUAAACAUGGUUGGUUAUUUGGCAUGGAAAACACAAGGCCAAAGCCCUUUGGGAAUGUAGAACUAGUUGCUUGGUUCUUUGGAUCCUGAACAAAGAUCUAUUUUAGGCAUGCUUAAGGUAGGAAUGUUUUCUCUGAACAGGAGGUACAGUGCCAUACCAAAAGCUGCUUCUGGAAUUUCUUUCAUUGCAGCAAUAAGAAAAGGGAGGUUGGUGCUUGAUAAACUUAAGUUCCAACCACCGCCAGAGGUUUCAAUAUUGGCCAUUUUAUGUUUUAGACAGUCUUCAUUUGUAUACAUGUAUCCUCAAAAGCAUCCUGGAAACAUGCUGUGAUGCAUUAACUUAAACACUGAAAUCAGCGUUUGUGUUUUGGGGUUUCAUGAUGGUGACAAGAGACCCUGUGUUGCACAAUUAGUUUAGCCAUUGGAGUUAUAUUCACAAUCUAACCGUUAAUGGAAAAUAAUGAUGUUUUAAGGAAUGAAAUCUGAUGAGAUCCAUGUUAAAGUUUGGCUUUGUUUUAAUAAGGUACUGAGCGGCAUUAUCUUCAACUAUCCCAUUGUGACCGAUUCCCUCUCCCCUCCUUUCUUCUGUUUCAGUUUAUGGAGUUCCCAAGGUGGGAAGGAAUUGUUGAGACAGUUGGAGAUACCAGAAAACAUUACAACGGGUAGUCUAUAUCCAGAGCAGUACAAAAGCCUUUUUGAGAUCAUGGAACAAGCUAAUGAAUUUGACCAAAGCUGGCUCUAUGAUGAAGAUUCUUUGGAGGAUAGCAGGGGCAUCAAUUUUUAAUCUGAAACUGGUUUAUUUUGAAAAGGAGCUUGUUAUGGUGCAAAUGAUAGUGGCUUGAACCCUCUUUAUCAGUGAGGAUAAUUUAGUUGAUAAAUUAUCAGGUGAUAAAUUAUGAAGGUGAUACCACAUGAAAAUUCAACAUCUUACACAUGCCCAAUUGGUCCUCCAUGGGAAAUUUCAUGUCACUGCAUUUUCUAAGGUGCAAGGCAAAAUCCUUUGUUGUUCAAAACAUAGUGAACUGUUUUCAGUCCUGUUUUUAUUCCUUUGUAUUACAGCAGAGCUACUUUUGGAAUAUAAGGCAAACAUGGCAUACAUUGCAGUUUGCCUCAAAAAUAAAUAUAAAGCUUGAAAUGCAUAGACUUGCACAUUUAAAAAACAACAACAGGUACUGUAAACCAAAAAUUUGCCAAAAGAAGCAAGAAAAUGUUCAUUUCUGGUUUAAAGACUUGUGCUCAAAUACUCGAGUUACUCUAGAACUGGCCCCCACAUGGAAAAAUGUUUGCAAAAAUUGCUCUGCCUUUAUAUAUAUUGUAUAAACUUAUGUAAAUAGUAUAUAGUGAAUGCACUUCAGUUAUCCUGUUUUCUGACCAGGAUGUUAACUACUAUGUAAACUAAAAGAGGUUUGUCUCAUCACAAACCUUUUUCUAAUUUAUAAAAAUGUAAAUAUUUUCAUUAAAAAUGCAAUAAAACACUAUUUCUAGUC